AUGGCGGAAAAAGAAACUUUGUCUUCUGGAGAUGAAAGCAGCGUCAAUUUCCCCUUGAAGCAACAAGACAAAAAGUUCAAUGGGCUCAGUGAGGAUGACGAGGACUCUUGUGAGGAAGGCAGCAGGGAAACGUGGGCGAGGAAGACCGAAUAUCUUCUGUCCAUGAUUGGUUUCUGUGUAGGACUGGCAAACAUUUGGAGAUUUCCCUACGUCUGUAUUAGGAACGGGGGAGACCGUGAAGUUUACACCAUCUACGCAGGAGUUCUGGCUGUGGUGUAUGUCACUGCAACUCUACCGUAUGUCCUUCUGACAGUUCUCAUCAUCAAGGGCAUAACCCUGCCCGGUGCUAUGGACGGCGUUAUAUUUUACGUGAAGCCGGACUUUAAAAAGUUGCUGCUUCUUCAGACAUGGAUCGAAGCCGCGAUACAAGUGUUCUAUUCUCUUGGUCCGGCCUAUGGCGCCAUCAUAACCAUGGCUAGCUACAACAAAUUUCACAACAACUGUCUCAGAGACUCAAUCUUGUUGUCGUUUGUGUGUGAGGGAACCAGCGUGUACGGAGGUCUGGCAAUCUUCACAGUGCUAGGGCACAUGGCACACACUGCUGACGUGCCUAUCGCUAACUUCACAGAGUUCACCAUCAUCGAGACUCUGCUGACCACACUGAUAGACAGCUAUCCCGCCGUCCUGGCUCACAGACGGACACUGGUCACCUCAGUCUUCAUGAUAAUUGUCUACCUCGUGUCCUUACCCUUUGCUGCCAGGACUUCUCUUGGUCACAAUUUACAGUCUGGUCACCAAAUCGAUAAGAUAUGUGACGGAGAAAAAUCUGCGGCCACGUGA